UUAUGAUAAUUUCAUGUUUGAUUUUUAAUGAAGGUAUUGAAAAUAAAUAUUUGGGUGAAAAAAAAAUAUGUCCGUUUGAAAAAGGUAUCACAAGAAAAGCUGCUAAAAUUGGUGACAUAGAAACAUUAAAACUAGCUUACGAGAGUAAUUGUGAAUGGGAUGAAUAUACGACUAUUGAAGCUGCUGCAAAUGGACAUUUCGAAUGUUUAAAAUAUGCACAUGAAAAUGGCUGUGGCUGGGAUGAAGAAACAACUAGAGACGCUGCUGCAAAGGGACAUUUUGAAUGUUUAAAAUAUGCACAUGAAAAUGGAUGUCCAUGGGAUGUAAGCACAGCGAUAUAUGCUGCAACAAAUGGGCAUUUACAAUGUUUAAUCUAUGCACAUAAAAAUGGCUGCAGUUGGAAUGCUGAUAUAACAAGAUACGCUUCUUUGAAUGGACAUUUUGAAUGUUUAAAAUAUGCACAUGAAAAUGGAUGUCCAUGGGAUGUAAGCACAGCGAUAUAUGCUGCAACAAAUGGGCAUUUACAAUGUUUAAUCUAUGCACAUAAAAAUGGCUGCAGUUGGAAUGCUGAUAUAACAAGAUACGCUUCUUUGAAUGGACAUUAUGAAUGUUUAAAAUAUGCACAUGAAAAUGGAUGUCCAUGGGAUGUAAGAACAACGAUAAAUGCUGCAACAAAUGGGCAUUUAAAAUGUUUAAUUUAUGCACAUAAAAAUGGCUGUAGAUGGAAUAUAGAAACAAUAAUAAACGCUGCUUUGAAUGGACAUUAUGAAUGUUUAAAAUAUGCACAUGAAAAUGGUUGCCACUGGAUUAAAGAUAUAUCUAAAUAUGCUGUUAUAGGAGGUAAUUUAGAUUGUUUAAAAUAUGCACAUGAAAUUGGAUGUUCAUGGGAUGAAAGCAUAACGAUAGCAGCUGCAACAUAUGGACGUUUAGAAUGUUUAAUCUAUGCACAUAAAAAUGGGUGUCAUUGGAAUGCAAAAACAACGAGAAACGCUGCUUUAAAUGGACACUAUGAAUGUCUAAAAUACGCACAUAAAAAUGGAUGCCACUGGAAUAAUGACGUAACUACAUAUUCUGUUAUAGGAGGUAAUUUAGAUUGUUUAAAAUUUGCUCACGAAAAUGGAUAUCCAUUAGAUGAUGGCAUAACUAUAGAGGCUACUCUAAGAGGUAAUCUAGACAUUUUAAAAUAUGCACAUGAAAGUGGAUGUCCAUUAGAUGAUGGCAUAACUAUAGAGGCUACUGUAAGAGGUAAUCUAGACAUUUUAAAAUAUGCACAUGAAAAUGGAUGUCCAUUAGAUGAUAAGAUAACUACAGUGGCUAUUGAAAAAGGUUAUUUUGAAAUUUUAAAAUAUGUACAUAAAAAUGGAUUUCCAUGGCAUAAAAGAACAACAAAAGUAGCUGCAAGUUAUGGUAAUUUAGAAUUUUUAAAAUAUGCUCAUGAAAACGAUUGCAAAUGGUAUGAAGGUACAAUAGUUACAGCAGCCAUGAAUGAUAAUUUAGAAAUUUUAAAAUAUGCACAUAAAAAUGGAUGUUCAUGGGAUUAUGACACAACUAGAGCUUCUGCAGCAAGUGGUUGUUUGAACUGUUUAAAGUAUGCUCAUGAAAAGGAGUGUCCAUGGCAUGAAGCAACAUUAAAUACAGCUGCCGCGCAUGGUAAUUUAGAUUGCUUAAAAUAUGCAUAUGAACAUGGAUAUAAUUGGAUAGUUGGUACGACGAGAGGGGCUGCUGCAAAUGGACGUUUAGACUGCUUGAAAUAUGCUAUUGAAAAUGGUUGUGAAUGUGAUGAAGGCACAACAAGGGAAGCUGCUGCAAAUGGUCAUUUAGACUGCCUAAAAUAUGUUCAUGAAAAUAGAUGUGAGUGGGACGAAAGUACUACAAGACUUGCUGCUGCAAAUAAUCAAUUAAGUUGUAUAAAAUACGCCCAUGAGCAUAAUUGUCCAUGGAGUAGAAAUACCAUUUAUGAAGCUACUAGAAGAAAUUUUUUUGAGAUAAUCAACUAUGCUAAUGAGAAUGGCUGUAUUAAUUAGUUUUCUGAUAAAAUAUUAUUUAUUUUGUACAUUAUAUAUUAUAUAAAUCGUCUUGAACUAAAAUAAUAAUAAUUAUACCGAGAGCAAUCAUGUA